AUGCCGGCUCUGCCAGCACUGCUGCUGUCAAUACACUUCCUCUCCUUCCUGCUAGUCACCAUGCCGCCACGCUCCCUCAGUCAGGCCCCCUUGCUCUCCUCCGUCCGCAUGGCGGCGAUCCUGGAUGACCAGUCUGUGUGUGGGCGUGGGGAGCGGCUGGCAUUGGCCCUGGCCAGGGAGAACAUCAACAGCGUGAUGGAGGGUCCGGCCCGAGCCCGAGUAGAGGUGGACAUAUACGAGCUGCAAAAAGACUCCCAGUAUGACACUACUGACACCAUGUGUCAGAUUCUACCCAAGGGCGUCGUUUCUGUGAUAGGUCCCGCCUCCAGCCCCGCCUCUGGCUCCACUGUCAGUCAUAUAUGUGGAGAGAAGGAGAUCCCUCAUGUAAAGAUUGGUCCAGAGGAAACUCCCCGCUUGCCGUACCUGCGCUUUGCCUCUGUCACUCUGUACCCUAGCAACGAGGACCUGAGCCUGGCCAUAGGAGCCAUCUUGCGCUCAUUCAAUUACCCGUCAGCCAGUCUGGUCUGCGCCAAGGCUGAGUGCCUGCUGAGAUUGGAGGAACUGGUCCGCCGCUUUCUCAUCUCUCGGGAGACGCUGUCAAUCAGGAUGCUGGAUGACAACCUGGACCCUACACCACUGCUGAAGGAGAUCCGUGACGACAAAGUGGCCACCAUCAUCAUUGACGCCAAUGCUUCUGUCUCCUAUCUCAUCCUGAAGAAGGCGUCUGAGCUGGGGAUGACAUCAGCAUUUUACAAGUAUAUCCUCACCACCAUGGACUUCCCCCUAUUGAAACUGGAUGACAUAGUGGAUGAGCAGUCCAACAUUGUGGGUUUCUCCAUGUUUAACACCACCCAUCCCUUCUAUUUGGAGUUCAUCAGGAGCCUUAACCUCUCUUGGUGGGAAGGCUGUGACCUGACGUACCCCGGCCCUGCGCUCUCGUCGGCGCUGAUGUUUGAUGCGGUGCAUGUGGUGGUUGGGGCGGUGAGGGAAUUGAACCGCAGUCAGGAAAUCGGAGUGAAACCACUCAGCUGCACCUCGCCUCAGAUCUGGCAACACGGGACCAGUCUUAUGAACUACCUGCGCAUGGUGGAGUACGAUGGUCUGACAGGGCGUGUUGAGUUCAACAGCAAAGGGCAGAGGACCAACUACACCCUGCGGAUCCUGGAGAAACACCGAGGAGGCCACAAAGAGAUCGGGAUCUGGUACUCCAACAACACUCUGGCAAUGAACUCCACCAGUCUGGAUAUCAAUGUCUCAGAAACACUGGCAAACAAGACCCUUAUUGUCACCACCAUUCUGGAGAACCCAUAUGUGAUGCGUAAAGACAACUACCAGGACUUCCAGGGCAAUGACCAGUAUGAAGGUUUCUGUGUCGACAUGCUGAGGGAGCUGGCAGACAUCUUGAAAUUCUCCUUUAAGAUCAAGCUGGUGGAUGACGGGCUGUAUGGGGCUCCAGAGCCCAACGGCUCUUGGACUGGUAUGGUUGGAGAGCUAAUCAACAGGAAAGCAGACCUGGCCGUGGCAGGCUUCACCAUCACGUCAGAGAGAGAGAAAGUUAUCGACUUCUCUAAGCCGUUCAUGACCCUGGGGAUCAGCAUCUUGUACAGAGUUCAACUGGGGCGAAAGCCAGGUUACUUCUCCUUCCUCGAUCCCUUCUCUCCAGCUGUCUGGCUGUUCAUGCUGCUCGCCUACCUGGCUGUCAGCUGUGUGCUCUUCCUGGCUGCAAGGUUGAGCCCCUACGAGUGGUACAACCCUCACCCAUGUCUGCGAGAACGCAGAGACAUGCUGGAGAACCAGUACACCCUGGGAAACAGCCUGUGGUUCCCUGUCGGAGGCUUCAUGCAGCAGGGAUCAGAGAUAAUGCCCAGAGCCUUGUCCACGAGAUGUGUUAGUGGGGUGUGGUGGGCGUUCACCCUGAUCAUCAUCUCUUCCUAUACGGCCAACCUGGCGGCCUUCCUGACCGUCCAAAGGAUGGAGGUUCCCAUCGAGUCCCCCGACGACUUGGCUGACCAGACCAACAUUGCGUAUGGAACCAUUCAUGGAGGAAGCACUAUGACCUUCUUCAUGAACUCACGUUACCAGACCUACCAGCGGAUGUGGAACUACAUGAACUCUAAGCAGCCCAGUGUAUUUGUGAAAAGCACAGAGGAGGGUAUAGCCCGCGUGGUCAACUCCAAGUACGCCUUCCUGAUGGAGAGCACCAUGAACGAGUACCACCGCGGCCUCAACUGUAAUCUCACCCAGAUAGGAGGCCUGCUGGACACCAAGGGCUACGGCAUCGGCAUGCCAUUUGGGUCUCCGUUCAGAGAUGAGAUCACGUUGGCCAUUCUCCAGCUGCAGGAGAAUAACAGGCUGGAGAUACUGAAGAGAAGGUGGUGGGAGGGAAGCCAAUGUCCCAAAGAGGAGGACCACCGUGCCAAGGGUCUGGGCAUGGAGAACAUUGGGGGCAUCUUUGUGGUGCUGAUCUGUGGCCUCAUCAUUGCCGUGUUUGUUGCCAUUAUGGAGUUUGUGUGGUCAACACGCCGCUCGACAGAGACAGAUGAGGUAUGCCCCCAUACCUGCCCUCGCCGACCCCACAGACACACCCCAGUGUCUGUCUGUCAGGAGAUGAUCACAGAGUUCCGAAACGCCGUCUCCUGUAAGAAGAGCUCCCGCUUGCGCCGUCGUCGGCCCCUCAGCAGCUCAGCAGCCCUGCGCCACCCAACACGCAUUGCUCUUGGGGCCCCUCGGCCCCUGCGCCUGGUUCGAGAGAUGCGCCUCAGCAAUGGCAAACUCUACAGUGGAGCUGGCCCCCUGACAGGUGGAGCUGGAGGAGGAGGAGGAGGAGGAGGUGGGGCAGGAGGGACAGGACCUUCCGAUCUGGGUCCUGGGCCCCAGCGCAUCCUAGAUGAUCCACUGGGGGCCAACACCACCCCUCCUCCACCAGCCCCCACCCCUGUAAUGCUGCCCGCCCGCAGUUGCACCCACGUGAGGAUCUGUCAGGAGUGCCGGAGGAUCCAGAACCUGAGAUCAGGCAGCAGUAUAGGAUCAACCUCCACAAGAAUACCACCUUCAUCAGCACCCCUACCCAGGCUACCCCCACCCCCUCCUCCAUCCUCAUCCAACACAGACAGUGAGGGCGGAGGGGGGCCCAGCCCAAGGCGGCUACACCACAGUCCCCCACCUCAUACCCCCCGACUCAUUCCACCUCCACAGAGCAGCAACACCACAGACCUACUGGGUGAACAGGACUGA